CGGAAGUGUCUGUGUUGUUGCCGCGGGCUGAAAACAAGUCGCCUCGUGUUUGACAGUUGUUACAUGUGAGCCUUUCGUUUUGGCGCAAGCUGUGAUACAUAUAUAUCCUCCAGUUAAACAUCUGUGUCUAGUGAGCCCACCAACACAGCAUGUCCUCCCUGGAAGAUGGGGCUGCAGAGCCGGGCCCCACCUCAGUGGAUCAGUCCACCUCUUCCUCCGCUGAGAAUCACGCCACCACUGGGGACAUCAUCACAGUCACCAUUGGAGCAACCGUGCCCACAGGGUUUGAGCACACUGCUGCAGAAGAGGUCAAGGAGAAAAUUGGGGUGGAUGCACGGAUCAGCAAAGAUCGUGGUCGUAUAUACUUUCCAAUAACCACCGACAAGCUUUUUCAGGUCCAUCUUCUGAGGUCUGUGGAUAACCUGUUUGUUGUGGUUGAGGAAUAUGACCAUUACCAGUUCAAAGAAUCAAAGGAGGAGACAUUGACGGAGCUCCAGCAGCUUGCCUCCAAACUUCCUUGGACUAAUGCCUUAGAGGUUUGGAAAUUAAACAGCACCCUAAAAAAGAAGAAAGGCUACCGGAAAAGCACCAAAGUCAAACCAAAUAAUGAGGCCACUGAUGCAACUGUGGCUGAUACUGAGCAGCAAGAGGCACCUCAGGAGGCGUCCGAUGUUGAAAGCCAGAUGCAGGCAGAGAGCAUGCGUGACACAGAGGCCAGCAUGCAGGACUCAGAGGAAGCAGCCCCCGAGGUCAAACUCAUCAAGUUUCGUGUGACGUGCAACAGGGCCGGUGACAAACACAGCUUUUCCUCAAAUGAGGCAGCCAGAGACUUUGGCGGGGCCGUGCAAGAAUUCUUCCAGUGGAAAGCAGACAUGACAAAGUUUGACAUUGAGGUGUUGCUAAACAUACACAAUGAGGAGGUGGUUAUCGGCAUUGCACUCACAGAGGAGAGUCUUCACAGGAGAAACAUUAGUCACUUUGGACCCACGACUCUGCGGUCGACCUUGUGCUACGGCAUGCUCAGGCUGUGCAAACCUCAGCCAUCAGAUAUAAUACUUGAUCCAAUGUGCGGGACUGGAGCUAUACCAUUGGAGGGAGCUAUUGAAUUUACCAGUUCAUUCUAUGUUGCCGGGGACAACAACGACAUGGCAGUUAACCGCACAGUCAAUAAUAUAUGGCACAUCCAGAAACGGAGGGCAGACAAGGGCAGUGCAUCAGGUUUGCCCAUUGACACAGUGCGUUGGGAUCUGUGCAAUUUACCCAUAAGGACUGGCUCUGUGGACAUCAUCAUCACUGACAUGCCCUUUGGGAAGAGAAUGGGCUCAAGGAAGAAGAACUGGGACCUUUACCCCUCCUGUUUGAGAGAAAUGGCCCGUGUGAGCACACCGGGCUCAGGAAAGGCUGUCUUGUUGACACAGGACAAGAAAUGCUUUGCCAAGGCUAUCUCGAGGAUGGGAGGACUGUGGAGGAAGCUGCACACUGUUUGGGUCAAUGUCGGUGGUUUACAUGCCGGAGUCUACCUCCUCAAACGGACCGGGGCCAUGUUUGGGCAAACUGCGGAGGAUGUCUAUGAAUCACGGGGAACAGUCAAUGCAAAGGGGGAUGAUAAUGGUGACAAGGAGCUCUCUUAAUUCACAUCCUGUAUUUUAAGCUCUGAAGUUAUAAUUGAGGCCAUGUAGGAUCAACAUUAUUUAUAUUCUUUUUACUGGCUUUACUUUUUUUUUCCAGGUAUCAGGUUCUUUGGUUGAGAUUAUCCAAGCAGUUUUAGUGUGUAAUUUUUGUUUUACUCGUUAUAUUUGAUGGCAAAGAGAAGAGCUAUUUUCAUGUUCAGCAACAGUUUAACGGUUUCUUACAGUCGCUGUUUGACGGAGGCAGUUUAUUUGCGACAUUGCUGCUCAGAAACCUGCUAAAGGUUGUGACACCGCGCACCUCAGAGCCACUGUGUCCUCUUUACAGGAACUGCACAGUGCCAUAUUGUUCUGGUCAAUAAAGAUUCAAACAAAAUGUCA